CAUAAUGUACAGGGAAAUCUCUUUUUAGGAAUUUACUUCGUGAGUUGAGGCAAGGAGGUGUUUACUAUGUAUGUUCAUUUAGGAAUGCUGACGAGAGAUUGAUGUUAAGGUGUUGUUUGUGCACUGACGAUUUCAGUACUGUUAAAGAGGUAAAUGAGCAUUUAACAUCUAGUGAGAAACACCAAAAACAUGUUGAUUUUGCUAACAAAACAUUGCUAAAGCCAAAUCCAUGGCUAUUUUUCGAUUCAAUGUUGUUUGCUAUUGAUGCUAAGAAAGAUUUUGAAGUAGAAAACGUCCUCUCUUGUGGUGAGUUGAUAGAUAUGAAACUCGAGUUCAUAGGUGUUGCUCCCAUUUUUCAAAAGCUUAACGAGGAUGGAACAAUGGUUAACAAAAUCUGGAGUCAGUGGAUUGGAAAAGAAUCAAUGGCUGGUCAAGCGGUCCCACCUAAUAUGGAUGAUAUACCUCUGCAUUCCUACUCCAUAGUCAAUUUCAAAUACUUUUCUUCUUUGGGAAGAGUAAUAACAGUUAAGGACAUUAAGAAGAAUCCCGAGGUUAAUCGCCCUCGUGAGUGUGCUGUGUGCUGCCUCCAAAUUAUUCCUAAUGCAGAUGUUGGCACGUUGCUGCACAAUGAAUCUAAAAAGUUUUCCUGUACCUAUGACAACUUUGGAGGGCGUUUUCAUGUUUUCCACAUUUCUUGCCUCCUUGACUGGAUAAUGGUAUUGGAGAAAAUAGCAAUUGAAGGCACUCAAGUCCAAAAAAUGUCAAAAAUUCAGAAUUACUAUUACUGUCCUGAAUGUGUUAACAAGGAUAGGUCUGCUGACCUUACUCUGAUGGCACCUGUCAAGGUGGAUAUAAACCUUGGACGCGACUUUUGGAUCAACAGUCCGGAGCCUCUGGAUAACUGCUCCAGUGGUUUCUUGUUUGAACCUCACCAUGAUCCGCCAGUGGAAAAUAUACGGCCAUCCAAGCUUGUGACAUUUUAUAGAGAUCUCGGUUUACCGGGUCGUAAUACUUUUGAUUCUCUUGCUGACAGUUCUUUCUUUUAAGGACCUCUGUUCAGUUCAAUUAACUAUUU